UAUCGGCCGCCAUUUUGUUAAACAUUCGCUGCAAAGACAUCGAAAGUGUUAUAGUAAUGCGAUGUCAAAAUAAGAGUGUCUAAAUAACACAGCUCCGAUAAUAUUUCCGAUAUAUUGAUUUUUAAAAAAAUGGGUUGGGCUGUGGCUAUCUUCGUAUUUCUCUUCAUCGCUGGAUCUCAUUGUGAAGACGUUAAAACACCUGGAGCCAGCGCCAACGUUACUGCGGGGCCACCUAAGGUCCCGGCUUCCGAUAUAUGUAGGCAGUGCGUUUGCAAAGACAAUAAAGUUAAUUGUUACGAUCAGAAUCUGGACACGUUCUUCAGUAAAGAAGAAUGGGCAGCGCUCGCGGACUUCAAGCCAAAAAUAGUUGAUUUGAGCGAGAAUUCAUUCAGGAAUGUGACGCUCAUGGCGGAUCUGUCAAUAGAGAUACUGAACUUGUCUCGUUGCAAGAUCGAUGUCAUAGAAAACGCCAGCUUCAAGGAGCUACAGGAGAUGCGUGUUCUCGACUUAAGCUACAAUAAGUUGACGGCGGCGAAACUGAGCCCGCACGCAUUUGAGGGUAAAUACACCCCGGAACAAUACGAGCCUCUAGCAGCGAUGCGCGUUCUGAAUCUAGCGUACAACGAUCUGCACUCCUUGAACCAGGAUCUGUUCGAACACUUACCGCAGUUGGAGGAGCUGGAUAUCAGUGGGAAUCCCCUGACCACGAUAGAUCACGUUACUUUGAUUGCGAUUUCGAGUUUGCCAAUGCUCAAGGUGUUGAGAAUGCGUUCUUGCCAACUGACUGAAAUCCCUGAAAAGUUCUUCCACACUCCACUCUACUUGAGUCGCUUAGACAUAAGCGACAACCAGCUGACCGCAGUCCCUCAAGAGUUGGAAGAAACCAAGAACCUGGAAUACCUUAACCUGAACCAAAACCCUAUCAGAGAAUUAGAUAUGACCUCUGAAGAUUACCCUGGCUUCCCCCGUCUGCGCAAGCUGAAGGAGCUACAUAUGUGCAACAUGCCUUCUCUACGUCGUAUCGGUCCAGGGGCACUUGCUGGCCUGGAAUCUCUUGAGAGUCUUCACAUGAGCUUGAAUCCAUCUUUGGAGUUCAUCGAUCCGAAGGCUCUCGCUAGACCUGAUGAUAUCGGGGAAACCUAUGACUGGCCGCUCAUCAAGCAAUUGUAUCUUCAAUCGAAUAACCUCUCCGACAUUGACUCAAGGCUGCUCUCCCGCUGGGACCUGCUGGAGAAGAUAGAUGUGUCCGACAAUCCUUACCUAUGCGACUGCUCCACGCAAUGGAUAGUGGACGUCCUUGUGCCCUUGAUUGAAGAGAAGAAAACUAAUUCAUCAUUGAUGGUGUGCCACGAGCCAAUCGAAAUGAGAGGCUACACAUUGAAGCAUUUGAACGAGAUCCACAGGCACAUGAGAUGCGUCGACAAAUACGGCAACAGGCCUGAGCGAGACGGAGCUAUACUACUCGGAACGUUGAUAGGCGUGUUAUUGGCUGUGCCAAUAAUGCUAGGUCUGGUGCUUCUCUGGCGCAAAGGCUACUUCGGUUGGCUUGGACUCCGGGGACCCGUUGACGUUUCCAGAGCGUUCUACAAGCGGGCACCCGCAGAUGACAAUCUAUUUUAGUUCUUAACCGUCUAGUUUUAAGAUACGUUUUGAAUGAUUAAAUAAAGUGGUUUUUUUUGU